CAUUCCGAUUGAAAUAAAGACAUUGGAGAAGAAGGGACUUCCCACAAACCCACUUGCUUUGAGUAAUUCAUGCAUUUUUAUUAAUAAAAUGGCCAGCCUCUCCUGGAUCUUAGUGAGUGAUCCCGCGGGACAAGCUAUUGACUGGAUGAAAGGUCACCUACCAGAAGACAUGGUGGAAGUAAUACACUAUGAUCUUCGGUCUGAAAUGGAUAUAUCUUUGACAGUCGGACAUUCCCUUUUACUCACAUACUGCAAUAUAGAUGUCAUAUCACGGGAUAUACGUUUUAUUCAGAUUCUUCAGUCAAAAAGAGAAUUUCAGCAACACAAGAUUCCAUUCAAAAUGAUGGUGGGAGAACAUGAAGUGGAGUGCCAUCCAGGUUUCCGCAUAUACUUGCACACCACCUGCACACCUGACAGAGUACCUCCCGAAGUGGCCUCCUAUUGCACCAUACUGUACUUCUCCCAGGACAGGCAGGGACUGACAGAACAGCUUCUGGAGAGAUUUAUACAACUGGAAAAGCCAAGACUCAAAGAGGAGCACUUACUUCUGAAACAGGAGUGCCUUGAUAAUAUGGUGAUUCUUUCAGGACUGGAAGACAAAAUAAUAGCUACUCUACAAAGCCAUGACUCUCUCCUGCUUAGUCUGUCUGUCACUAAGAAACUUGGAGAUCUAAAACUACAACACGAAGAAGCUACAGAAAUGCUUAUGAAGAAUAUUGCUGCAGAAGACAUCUUGCUUCACGCCAGAGAAGGUUUCCAUGAGAUAGCUGUGCGUGGUGCUGUGAUGUUUGACACUGCAAGAAUGCUUCAGCAACUUAACAAGAUGUACGACACUAGCUACAAACAGCUGCUGGAACUGUUUGAUGUAUCGGUGGCACAUUCUGAGAGGUAUUCACUCAAAGGUGUAGUUGCCUAUCUAACGAGCAACAUCUUCUCAUAUAUUUCCAAGUCCUUGCUGGAAAGGGACAGAAUGGUGUAUGCCUUGCUCACAGCAUUUGAGAGCAAGAAAAUUCAAGCUGUUAUUUGUCUAGUGCGGGCUAGCACAAUCACUCAUCCUUUCACCUAG